GCCGUAAAAAGUUGCGCAUGCAGAUUUGUUUCUCUCGGUCUUCCUCUUCUCUUUUCUUCGUCCGUACAUCCUUCUCUUCUAUUUCGGCCGUUGAGGUUUAUGAUUGUGCUUGCCUGAACUUGAGGACGUCGCUUCUAGUUGAAUUUAUCUCUCUUUCUCCGCAUCUAGACAAUCGUUCCUUCACUAUUAUAGAGCAUUUGUGCUACCAAUUGUGUUUUAUUUUACUAUAAUCUUUGAGCGCGUCCAAUAUGUCUGGAGUUCAGCCUGUCGCAGUAUAUGCCCUCAAGGUGCCCGCUGAUGGCGCUUUGAUCCCUGCGGUUCCCGAUGCCGCCGCCAUGUUCCGGGUGAGCAUGGCCGCCAUUGACCCCGAUGAGACCCCCGAGUUUGACGAUGACAACACUCGCCGUCCUAGAGCGACUCUCAAGAUCAUCCGCCCACCCCCCGACUUGGAUCUUGAUGAAGACUCCGAAGACGACUACGAAGAUGACGAAGAAGAUUCCGAGGAUGAUGAGGAGCUCAACGGAGGCCCCAGCGACAAGGAGAAGGCCCGCAAGCUUAAGGAGGCUGCCUAUCUGAAAGAAUUGGAGGAGGCUAUGGAUGAGGAUGAUGAGUCUGAUGAUGGUGAAGAGUUUGACCUUAAGGCUGCCAUUUCAAAGCUCGUCAAGGGCAAGGCUCCUGCCACGGAUGACGACGAUGAGGACAGCGAAUCUGAUGAGGGCCUGGAACUUGAUGAGAUGGUCGUCUGCACUCUUGACCCCGAGAGAAAUUACCAGCAACCCCUCGACAUUACCGUGGCUGAAGGUGAGCGCGUCUUCUUCAAGGUCACUGGAACCCACACCAUCUAUCUCACCGGUAACUAUGUCAUGCCUCUCGAUGAGCCCCACUCUCACUCCGAUGAUGAGGAUGACGACGAUGAGGACGAUUAUGAUCUCUCCCCCGAUGAGGACGAGCUCGAUAUGGAUGAGCUCAUGAUGGGUGAGGAUGAUGAGAGCGAUGAUCUUGAUGAUCUGGAAAACCCCAGAAUCACCGAGGUUGAUAGCGACGAAGAGGCCCCCAAGCUAGUCGACGCCAAGGGCAAGAAGAAGCGCGCUGCAGAGGAAGCUGCCCUAGAGGACUUGAUCGCUAAGGAUAACAAGGGAAAAUCCGAUACCAACGGCGAGACCAAGAAGCAGCAGAAGAAGCUCAAGAAGAACAACGGCGAGGCUUCCACCGUUGAGGAAAAGCCCGAGCCCAAGGAGACCAAGAAGGUCCAGUUCGCCAAGAACCUUGAGCAGGGUCCGACGCCUUCCAAGGAUAAGAAGCCUGCUGAAAAAGCCACCGGCACCCUGGGUGUCAAGGAGGUCAAGGGAGUGACUCUUGAUGACAAGAAGCUCGGGAAGGGAUCUGCUGCUGCUUCCGGAAAUACCGUCGCCAUGCGCUACAUCGGUAAGCUCGAGAAUGGCAAGGUCUUCGACUCCAACAAAAAGGGCAAGCCUUUCUCGUUCAAACUCGGCAAAGGUGAAGUCAUCAAGGGCUGGGAUAUUGGUGUUGCUGGCAUGUCAGUUGGUGGCGAGCGCCGCAUCACAAUUCCUCCUCAGCUCGCUUACGGCAAGAAGAGCCUUCCUGGCAUCCCAGGUAACUCAAAGUUGAUCUUCGAUGUCAAACUUUUGGAGAUCAAAUAAACGAGAUGCGUCAUUGAGUGAGUUUUCUCGGCGUAUAGGCCCGCUCCUUCUAAGAGUUGGUGUAAGCGUACGUGUUUAUACGGCCAUAUCUCUUUUUUGUCUUAGCUUCCAUGUUGUUAUCGCCUGUCUCAAAAAUGGUGUUAUAGGUGUUAUGCAAUCAUAAUUAUUAUUCCACGAAUUCUUCACCUGGC